CGUUUGGAUGUAGGAACAUGUAGAGCAAGUCAAGUAGCUGAUUUGUUCCCAACUGUGUCUCCUGAAAUCAUUGUGCGUGAGGCCAGGUUGGAGGACUGUUGGGAAGUGGCAGAGACUCACUGCAGCUCCUUCUUCCCCGAAUAUUCCUUCCCACUAGAUUUUGUGCUGAGGAUGGACAGAUUGGUGGCCAUGUUGGCAGGAUUUACAUUACCAAACGGUUGCAAGAGAACCUGUUUGGUUGCUGUUAUUGGCAACUCACUUGGUGAAACUUUCUUGUUUGGAAGUGAUGAUUUCAAGGUCGGUGGUUUUGAUGGGAAAUUCAGCCUCAACAAGGGGUAUGUGGCUGGUAUAUUAACAGUAGAUACUGUUGCUGACUUUCUACCUAGGAAGGGGCCUUUGCGACAGAAAAGGACUGGAAUUGCAUACAUAUCAAAUGUGGCAGUCCGGGAAAAAUUUAGGCGAAAGGGAAUAGCUAAACUCUUGGUAGCAAAGGCAGAAUCACAAGCCAGAAGCUGGGGCUGUCGUGCAAUUGCAUUACACUGUGAUUUCAAAAAUCCUGCUGCCACAAAGUUAUAUCAAGGCCAAGGUUUCAGGUGUAUCAAGGUUCCAGAAGGAGCUAACUGGCCACAGCCAAAGACCUCACCAGAUAUAAAGUUCAACUUCAUGAUGAAGCUUCUCAACAACUAAGCUGCUUCUAAAUCAAAUUAGACAUUGCUUAGUGGGCAAUAUUUAUGUUCUGAAAAACAUAAUGUUUUUAAGAAAAAAAAUGCACACGGAAAAAGCAGUCUGCUAUUGAAAUGUGUACAUGAAAAAAAACCAAAGAAUUAGAGAAAAAAUCACUUGAGAACCUUUUAGAUUGCUCCAAUAGCAGACAUUUGUAUAUCA